ACUUGUAGUUAGUUAAGUUCGCUCUGGCCAGAUGCUGACUAAAUCAUCGUGUCAUCCACGUGAUGGUGAUGCGCGCCGCAAGUUUGCCCUCGCGGUUGGUGAAGUCAACACGCUGUUGACAAGGCGAUCCUUUCAUCUUUGCCUAUUUCCUUUAUUCACUCGGAUCUACCGCUCAACAACUCCAGGUAGCCAUGCGCGGAUCCUGUCUUUAAUUUACUCAAUCUUCUAUUACCAACCUAAAGUCCUCAAACAAUAGCCGGUGUCGACGUCAGCGCCCUUUCGCAAAGCAUUAUCGUUCAUCUCAUCCUCCUAACCACAGGACGACCAAAGUUUGGCCAAGAUGGCGACCGACUACAGCAAGAAGACGAAUGCGGAGCUGAUCGAGAUCCUAAAGUCUCGUUCCUUGCCGCACAAUGGCAAGAAGGCCGACCUGAUCGCGCGCCUUCAAGAAGACGAUAGCAAAACCAACACGGACGCCCCCGCCGCUGCUCCGGCCGUUGCAUCUGCCGCUAAGACCGAUAAUGCAGAGGAUGUAAUCGACUGGGAGGACGACGAAGUGAAGCCUUCUACUGAAGCAGGUGCUGCGGCCAUGGCUGCCGGCGGAAAGGGCGAGGUUCCGAAUCCUGUCGCAGUUCCAAAUCAGCAGCUCGACACUGAUCCUGCCAAGACGGACGACCUAAAGGUCGAGUCAAAGGGGAAUGCUCCUGCCACUGCCAUCACCGAAGAAAAGGCAGAGAAAGCAGCUACUGCUGCGGAAGAAACUCCCGCCGAGCCGGAGAAGCCAGCUGUCGACUACAGCAUUGGUCUGCCUUCUACGGAGGUCGAGGAGGAGCUAAGGAAGCGUAAAGCUCGUGCGGAGAAAUUUGGGAUUGUCGAGGACUCGCAGACGGCUCUGCAGGAGGCAGAGAAGGCGGUUGCCAGGGCCAAGCGCUUCGGUGCCACAACUGACGGAGACGCCAAGGUUGCUAUCAAGGGUCUGGACCAACCGCUGCCAGAUGAAAAGUCACGCAAGAGAGGCCGCGGUGAUAAUGAACAGGGUGGUCGAGGAGGCAAGCGACGCGAUUUCAAUGGAAGGAACAGAAACCGCCGUCGCGGCAAUGGUGGUGGAAACGGUGGAAAUCGCAACCGCAAUGAGACCGAGGCGAAGCCUGCCUUGAGUGAGAAAGACCGUCUGGCGCUGGAGGCUCGAAAGAAGCGCUUCGCGACUGCUGCGUAAUACAACUAUCGACGGUAUUCGCCGUUCUAUCACUCUUUUCUUGACAUCUUUUCCUACUUUACAGGCGUUUGUGGAUGGAUUUUAUCGGAAUGAAAGGCCUUUUUACUCUCGAAUCGGCGAGUUCUUCGAUUUUCUUAUUAUUUUGGAGGGGCCUUUGAGACUGGGAUGAAAGUAGAAGACCAGGGUCUAUUGAGGAGGAGAAUAG